AUGUUCUUCUACUGGGCUGUCCUUGCUGUGUCUUCCUUUGCAGACGAUCGAGUGAUAGUGUCGAUAUCAUCGCUUACGUCUAGGAGGCUCAUUGAGGGGCCGGUGCCGGUCGAAGGCCCUCCGCCUGAUUGGGUUGACAUUCGUGACGUUCCUGCCAUUCUAGGGAGGGGGGAUGGUGCUCGGCAGCUCUCAUCGGACAAGUUAGAAAAGUGUUUGAGAGAUGUGAAGGACAUGUUGGCGAUUGGCAUGCAGUGGAUCGACACUGCAGUGGCGGCGUGUGAAUUGACUGUUGAUGAGCUUUGCGAUUCCCUGCUCGGACUGGGGGAAGAUUAUGAGGUUAUUUGUGAGAGAAAUGGAGAGUUGGGAAUAGUGCAGUCGGUGGGAUUCGAACCUGGGACCAUGGGCGUGACGAAUGAGGUGGUGUCCGAUUCCGCUGAUGAUGAGCUAGUGGGAAGUCAGUGGAAUUUAGAUGAGAUACAUGUGGCUGAGGCAUGGAAGAUGACCCGACUGGAAGGGCGUCCACGGCGAGAGGUGGUUGUAGCUGUCGUUGAUACUGGCGUUGAAUACGACCACCCCGAUCUGGUCGAUAGCAUUUUCUCUGAUGCGGAUUGCCGACAUGGUUACAACUUUUUCGAUUCAGAUUUGGAUCCUCGAGAUGUGAAUGGUCAUGGCACGCACUGCGCUGGGAUACUCGGUGCUACUACGAACAACGCGCAAGGGGUGGCUGGCAUCGCCCCGGUGAAGAUCAUGUCCUUGCGAGCUUUCGACGAGAUGGGAAAAGGAGAUUUGCUUUAUUCUCUACAAGCUGUGAAUUAUCUCGUUACUUUGCGUGUGGAGGUAUCAUCUCAUUCGUAUACGAGUGAUGGUACAUAUCGCACUCUAGAGGCAGCUAUGAAAAGAGCUUCUGAUCGAGGGCAUUUGAUGUUCGCUGCGGCGGGCAACGACGGUCGAGAUAUUACUAUUGCUCGGACCUACCCAUGUGCUUACUCAGAGACUGUUGAGCUCCUCAUGUGCGUUGGAGCUACUGAUAUAUACGCUCGUGAUCGGCUGGCACGUGAGAGUAACUAUGGCAGGUAUGUUGACAUUGCUGCGCCUGGCGUGGGAAUCCCGAGCACUUAUAUUGGUAACGUUUAUGCUUACAUGUCGGGUACGUCAAUGGCAACUCCACAUGUCGCAGGUGUCGCGGCUCUACUCAGCAGCUUGGGUGUUGGCCCAUCUGAUAUCAAGGAGGUGCUCUUGGAGUCCUCCGACACUGUCUAUUAUCCUGGUGGGAAUCGUGUUGGUAAUUUUGGUAAAGUAAAUGCAGCAAAAGCAGUAGAGUUGGCAUUGACGAAACCCACGGUCAGGCCGAAUGGUGAACGCUCUCGUCCAGGUCGGGAGUGUAUUGAAAUUCGGAGCGGAGCGAAGCAGCAGAGUUUUAUUAUGGUAGCGUUCCUAUUACCUCUUAUUGUUGCAAGUCACCUCUAUUGA